UAAACUUCGCUAUGGUACACUAUCAUUUGAGAGAAAUCUACCUGUAUUAUUAUAGCUUUGUAAACUCUUACUUUUAGUCGCUCAUACAAUAUUUCUGAUCAGACAUCAUGGGCGUGAACAAGUGGUCGGUGCUGACUUGCCUUAGGAGGGCAGUGAGGAAGGUGAGGUUUUUGUUGGAUUUUAGUAACCACCAACUAAGUUUCAAUGAUCGGCCAGGCUUGAGAGCGUACACCAACGAUAGCUUUGAUUUAGAUUCUGAGGAUUCAGGGUCUUCAAGUAGGCCGGGGCUAGCACUACAGAAGAUGAUGAGUUAUCCUUCCGAAGAUGAUGUUGAUAAGAGAGCUGAGAUGUUUAUUGCUAAUUUCUAUCACCAACUUCGGAUAGAGAGGCAAAUUUCGCUAGAACUUCAAUAUUGUCGAGGAAAUAGCUUCAAGGCAAUCUCUCCAUGACAGCUUUUUUUUCACCCUUGGUUCUGAUGUUAUUUUCGUUUUUGUCCGAAUUAAGGAGGCAUUGAUUUUUAUUAAAAGGUCUCAAAACUCAUGUUAUGGGGAUUUUGAUUUUGAAGAAUUAAUCCUGCAUGCGUUUGGUGGUCACAUGAUAUAGGGAAAGCUAGGCACGAGAUUAGAACUU